AGAAUCACUCUUUGAGCAAUCGUCUUCGUCUCCCAACUCGGCAUUGUAAGGUAUAAAGAAUUGCCGAAUGCGGCAUGCAGAUAAGCCUGGAGCUUCGAAUCCAACCUCUCCCGUAAAUAUAGACCCAACCUGAGUCGUUAUGCUUUCUAAACCACGCUUCUAACUCGUAGGAAAUAUUUCGGACAGCUACACUAGUAACACCCGGUGUUCGUCAGAAGAUAAUUACCUACAGACGCAGUCAUGGCUAGCAAAGACGAGAACCCCCCGCAUUCAUAUGAUGAUAUAUAUGAUGCGAGCGAUGAUGAGGAUGAGAUAAGAAGUGGUAUAGAUCGAAUGGGUCUGGACCCUACAAAAGAACCUGCAAAAGAACCUACACGAGGUAUUUAACCUCUACGUGACGAUUAGUCGAGGCUCCUUUGCUAAUAAACAUCGCGAUUGACUAUAAACAUAGGACCAUAUAUACCGCCCCAUCUGAGAGGCAGAGGUGGUGAUGACCAAGGGGCUUCACGAGAUAGCACACCUCCGACGGGAGCUUAUUGGUCGCCACGGAAACGCAGUCACCUAGGGCAAGAGGCUGCCCGCCGGGAUUGGCGGCAGGCAAACCCUCCGACACAAGAGCAAGAUUAUAGCAUGGAUUGGCGCCGGAACGUUUCCGAUCCAUUGCCAGAGAGACGCGUUCCAAGGUCGAGGGAAAAUCCACCGGAUAUCCCACCUCCGGCCGAUAUCCCACCUCCAGCCGAUGUUCCACCUAGGGUCGUUCCCAAUUACCCGCCGCACAUAAUACCCGAGCAAGUAAUUCAGCAUGGACGCUCAACUCCCGGGUAUCCGCGAUGGCGUCGCACCCAGAACGAGAUCAACGCCGCGGCAGCAGCCGAGGCAGCAUCCAACCCUUGGAUUCGGUCCGUUCCCGAACCAGAAGUUUACGUUCCUUAUCUCGGGCCACGCGCGUCCACGCUUCAAGCCGAGGAGAUAUCCAGGAUACAAAUGCGUGGCCGGUGGUACAUCAAAUCCCUGCCUGUCAUGAGCCGCUACUUUACCCGGGAGCCGGCCGAGAAGGCCCCGUUGGUGGCCGGCGAAGACCACGACCCGUACGACCUCGUGCUGGUUCUUAAAGACGCCCAUACGUUCCAGCGGCCCGAGGACUUCGUAGAGGCCUUGAUGCGCGAACUGUCGACCACGGGAGAGUAUUCGCGGGACAUGGCCACCCACAGCAAAGUUGAUAUGGGAGCAGAACCCUGCAGACGAACGCACACCAACCGCGCCGGCAAGGAGCUCCUCGAGGACUUCGACCUCAUCAUCGAAGAACUCUUCAACCUGCAGAGCGAGCUGGAGACCGUCAACCGAGGCAACUCCGCCGACCGUCUGUUCGACGCGAUAGCGGCGGCGUACGGGUGGGACAACACCGAGCUCAAGAAGUCGGGUUUCCACACGGAAAUCAUGACGUACGUCGGAAUGGCCAUGAUGAGCCGGUUCCGGUACCUGAAGGAUUUCAUCCGCUUCGAUAACCCGGAGCAGGGGUUCGAUUACGUGGGCGAUCUAGACGAGGCGACUACCAUGCUGGCGACGCGGCAGUACAGCUCUGCCAUCCAUUCGCCGUCCUUGGCCGACGAUGUCCGCGCGGUGGAAUGGUUUUCUUACUGGGCGGGACUCUUCCCUGGCCGGCACUCCAGAGAGUUUGAGGCUACUCCUCAUUUGAAUAGCCAAAAGAUGCUGAAUGUUUUCCACGAUGUCUACGGGUUCGACUAUCAAUAUGCAGUCCGAUUGCGUGAGUAUUAAUAACCUGAACGGGGGAAACCUUAUCUUUCUAUUCAAAUCUCCAAAGCUAACCCCCUAUUUUUUUUCUUUUUUAA